CAUAGGGACGCGCCUGGCUCCUUGCAUAACCCUUAAUUUGAGAGUGCUUUUAAUUCUUUCUUUGGAAGCCUCCAGUUAUGGCCGCCAAAUAUUGCUGAUCAAUACAUUGAUGAUCGCUCUGAACAUAGCAUGGGGAAAUUGUAUGAAAUGGUGUCAUCCCCAUGUUUACCUAUCGUGUUGUGCACCUUCAUGUGGUCUUGCUAUCACGUCGGCAUAAUGAAGGUGAUUGGGGUCUAUCUUGAAGACAUCAGCAAUGAUCUUGGAACAACAGCCACAGAUCUCGGCUUGGCGCUUGGACUCCUCACUUUAUUUUGCAAUUUUCCAACUGUCAUAAUAGCUGCCCUCUAUCGACGUCGUUCUAUCCGUCGGAAGCUUCUGAUAUGUGGGGCGUGCCUUCCUCCACUUGGGAUGGCUUUGAUUUCCAUGGCAACCAGUAAUCUUCAUAUCGCCAUCAGUCUAUCGAUAGCCGGUCUUGGCAUCUGCAUUCAAAUGUUAAAUUGCAUCAUGGCGUUGCAUCUGGUGGCCAAAGAGAAUUACAACGUGUUGUACGGCCUUGGUGUCACUGGCUACGGGGUAGGAAUGGUUUUAUUUCCCCUCAUAGCUGAAUUCCUACGUGGAACUUACGGUUGGAGAGGCGGACUGCUCAUUCUAAGUGCCCUGAUGGCACACAUCAUUCCCUGUGCUGCUAAAAUUAAUUUAGACGUAUACAAAACGAACAAACAACUCAAUGGAUCCGAUAGCAAUUAUCUAGCCCUACCCGAUAGCGAGGAAGUGUGCCCGGAAGGAUGUGAAAGGAAGACCAAUAGAGAGGGGAGGGCCAGGGACCAAUCAGGAAUCAACACUACGCAAGUUGGUGUCUGGCGUAGGAUCACCACAAUUAUCCGCCAAUCGGACUUCUUCGUAGAUCCUUAUUUCAACGCAGCACAUGUUGUUAAUAUUUCGUUCUCUAUGGUAUAUGCCUGCUGGCAUUCCUUUAUUGUACCUCAUGCUUUGGAGAGGGGUCUUUCUAUCCGUUACACUAUCAUCCUGACAUUCAUAGCAUCGAUUGGGAAUAUCAUCAGCAGAACUGCUGUCGGGAUCUUAACCAAAAACAUCUUUCAUCCAACUGAUGUAUAUAUCUUCGCCACAUUGGUGAGCAUCGUUUCUCUCCUAUGCGAUGUGUAUUUCGUCAACUGCGUCGCCAUGAUAAUGACGUCAUGCUUUUCCGCGAUGUCUAUUGGAGGGAGGGCGGCGUUGGAAAUACUUUACAUGAGGGACAGGGCGUCUCCUGAGAAGUUUGACGUCGCGUUGGCAGUGGACAAAUUUUGUUUCGGGAUUGGGGCGGUACUUGGUGGCUACCUCGGAGGCAUGAUUGCAGACCGCUUCUCAUCCUUCGAGGCUACAUUUAGAAUGUUACCCGUGAUUGAAACCAUCGUUCUCAUACCCAUGCUAAUACUCAGGUGCAAUCCGAAAGAAAUUCCCCAUAGUUCUUGAAGUUCAUUGUGUCUGAGAAAUGACUUCGAAAGGGAAUUUGUCUCAGAGGUACAUGACUGUAAUCUCUUAUGAUGAUUCAAUUCGACUUGCAAUCAUGAUGGCAUUGCACGACCCAUAUGCGACAUUGCAUGUCUGUCUACCUUCCCCGUUUCUUAUUACUAUAUUGUUAAGGAUAUGAUUAUAGUAACACUAUGUUUGUUAAAGGUAUAAAAUACCAGUAUACAAUUCUCGCUACCCCAAAUAGCGAUUUCGCCAAGAUCCGGGAAAAUCCCUGUAACGUGCAUUGCAUUAUGGGAUAGCUUUUUCGGUAUUACAACUUCCUGUUCGGAAGUCCAACGCACUGUUUUGCCAUUUAGAUCAACAGUGCCGUCAUGCACAACAACACAACGUAGCUUUCGCUCGGAAAGUUCGUGAUCACAACCCUCUCUUUCACUAACAGUUUUACAGCCUUUUCUGCUAAAGUCACUAAUUCUGCCUGACGCUUUCCAUUGCACGGUAUUCAUCUGUCAGUUAAGAUUUUUUUAAGUUCCGAAACUGAUUUUUAUCCAUUUUGUGGUCGACGAAAAAUUGAACGAAAUGAAUGCUGAAUAUAUUUAGUGUCUAGUUGAAUACGAUCGUGAUGUCAGGCCGGUCGCUAAAUGCAAAAUUUUAAGAUAUUCAUUAUUUGUUUGAUUUUUUUAUAACCAAAUAAAAACAUGAAUAAAAAUUAUUCUCACGUGAAAUGCAUUUUUUAUUUUUAUUUAUAAUUCAAAUGGAAUCAAAACUGACCAAAUGUAAUAAAAAGUAUUAUACUUUGUACAUAUUACGCUGAUUGGCAUCGAUUUCAGCGUGGUGGAAAACUCAGUAUCGCGAACCUCGCGCAAGCAUGACUCUAAACCGGAAGUGGUGAUGACGACCCGACGGAGUGAAAAUUAUCUCGUCUCGCGCAUUAUGAGAUUUUUGUUCCUAUUUGGGGUAGCGAGAAUUGUGAAUAAAUCUUGCUAUAAGCAUGUUUGACAUGGUUUAACCCACGGGCCAAUUAGGUGCACUCAUUUCCACCAACCAAAGAAAAAAAACUUAUUCAUCAACUGCCUUAUAGAGUGAGGAGUUAUAUUCUUUUUGUUUAAAGGACAAGUCCAACCCAACCAUUAGUCAUGUUAUUUGAUUUGAAUAAAAACAGA